UAUCAAACAUAACCUAUAAAAACAAAUAAGUUUAUUUUUAUUAUUGUAUAAAGAUGUGGCGCAAUACGUUAAAACUGUGCUACAAUUUGUCGAAAAACACUUUAAACAUCAUCAAACCGUCAGAGAGCACACCGAAACAAGUCUGCAAUGCAACUCAACUCAUUGCAGCCCACUCGAUAUCAACCACCCCAAGAUUAUACAUGUUUAUACAAACGCAAGAGACCCCAAAUCCAAACAGUUUAAAGUUCCUACCCGGUGUCCAAGUCUUGGAAUCCGGCCAGACCAUCGACUUCCCAAACGGUCAAGCAGCUUACGGUUCCCCGCUGGGGAAGAUGCUCUUUCGAAUCGAGGGCGUAAAAAGCGUUUUCUUGGGGCCUGAUUUUAUCACAAUCUCUAAAGCUGAGGAUGACGUCGACUGGAAGAUACUGAAACCUGAAAUUUUCGCCACCAUCAUGGACUUUUUCGCCAGUGGUUUGCCCGUUUUGAACGAAGCUAAACCGAAUUUAGACACUCAAAUUAACGAAGAUGACGAUGAAACAGUGCAAAUGAUUAAGGAAUUGUUAGACACUAGGAUUAGACCCACGGUACAAGAAGAUGGAGGUGAUAUAAUAUUUGUGGGUUACGAAGAUGGUAUAGUAAAAUUAAAAAUGCAAGGCGCGUGUUCGAGCUGCCCCAGUUCAGUAGUCACUUUGAAGAACGGCGUGCAAAAUAUGCUCCAGUUUUACAUACCUGAGGUGCUCGGUGUUGAACAGAUCAUAGAAGAACACGAAAAGCUUUCCGACUCCUACUUUGAAAAGGUCAACAAAAAAAUUGAGGAAAAAGAAUCAUAAAAAAUAAAUUUCGUCAAUUUAAUUGUACCAUAAUGUAAAUUAUUGUUAAAAUGAAUUAGUUUAUAAA